CGUGGGGGCUCCACCAUGGCAGAGCGCAGAGGGGACCGGCACCGACCAGAUGACGAGCUGCCGGUUUACCUCGCGCGUCCCGGCGCGGCGGACCAGGCGUCCCGGCAGAAACACGGCGGUCUGUUCUGUAGAGUCCGGGACGCGUUUGAAAGUAAAACCAUAGACUUUGACGCGCUGAGCGUCGGCCAGAGGGGCUCCCGAACCCAGAGGACCGGUCCGGAAGAGAGGAAAAGUCCCGCUGUGGGCAGGCAGGGAGGAAAAGACAUGAGAACCUGCGGAGUCCAGCAGAACAUGGAAGAUGAAAAGAGCGACAGGCUUCUGAUCAAAGGCGGCAGGAUUGUGAACGACGACCAGUCUUUCCAUGCCGAUAUCUACAUGGAAGAUGGCCUCAUUAAGCAGAUUGGAGACAACCUCAUUGUUCCCGGUGGCGUUAAGACCAUCGAGGCGAAUGGGAAAAUGGUGAUCCCAGGUGGCAUUGACAUCCACACACACUUCCAGAUGCCGUACCGUGGAACCACGACUGUGGAUGACUUCGCUCAGGGAUCAAAGGCUGCCCUCGCUGGUGGAACGACCAUGAUCGUGGACCAUGUGAUACCAGAGCCCGGAACCAGCCUGAUGGAGGCUUAUGACCAAUGGAGGCAGUGGGCAGAUGAGAAGGCUUGCUGUGACUACUCUCUCCAUGUAGACAUCACCCACUGGAAUGACAGCGUGAAGCAGGAAGUGGACAGCCUCAUCAAGGACAAAGGAGUGAACUCAUUCCAGGUCUAUAUGGCCUACAAGGACUACUAUCAGCUGAGCAACAGCCAGCUCUACGAGAUUUUCACCUUCCUGGCAGAGAAGGGGGGCAUUGUUCAGGUCCAUGCUGAAAACGGAGAGAUCAUUGCAGAGGAGCAAGCCCGAAUGCUCCAAAUGGGUAUCACAGGACCAGAGGGACACGUUCUGAGCAGGCCAGAAGAGCUGGAGGCCGAGGCUGUGUUUCGGGCUGUCACCAUCGCCAGCCAGACCAACUGUCCUCUUUAUGUGACCCGUGUCAUGAGCAAGAGCGCCGCUGACAUCAUCUCACAAGCACGGAAAAAAGGAAACGUAGUGUUUGGGGAGCCAAUCACAGCCAGUUUGGGGACUGAUGGAACGCAUUACUGGAGCAAGAACUGGGCCAAAGCAGCAGCCUUUGUGACAUCCCCUCCUCUCAGCCCUGACCCCACCACUCCUGACUAUCUGAACACACUGCUGGCUAGCGGAGACCUGAGCGUGACUGGAAGCGCUCACUGCACCUUCAGCGUGGCCCAGAAGGCCAUUGGCAAAGAUGACUUCACUCAGAUCCCUGAAGGUGUUAAUGGUGUGGAGGAAAGGAUGGCUCUCAUCUGGGACAAAGCAGUGACCACAGGUAAAAUGGAUGAAAACAUGUUUGUGGCCAUCACCAGCACCAAUGCCGCCAAGAUCCUGAAUCUGUACCCUCGCAAGGGUCGGAUUGCUGUGGGCUCCGAUGCCGACCUGAUCAUCUGGGACACAGACUCUGUUCGUACAAUCACUGCCAAGACUCACAAUUCGGCUGCUGAAUACAACAUUUUCGAGGGCAUGGAGCUGCGUGGAGCUCCACUGGUAGUGAUCUGCCAGGGCAAGAUUGUUCUGGAAGAUGGAAAACUCCAAGUCACCUCUGGAGCGGGCCGCUUCAUUCCCUGCUCUCCAUUCCCAGACUUUGCCUAUAAGCGGGUCAAAGCCAGAAAGCAGCUGGCGGUUCUGAGGGCAGUGCCCAGAGGAAUGUACGAUGGACCAGUGUCUGAAUUCUCCAUGUCCCGUGGGGGUACUCCCUCUGCCUCGGCACGCACCUCUCCCACCAAACAGCCUGUCAGAAACCUGCACCAGUCUGGAUUUUCUCUAACAGGUAACCCUGCAGCUUGUGGACCCCCCACUCCUGAUGAGGUUCCCAUCAGGCCUGCAGGACGCCGUAUUGUAGUGCCCCCUGGUGGCCGCUCUAACAUCACAUCUCUCAGCUAAACUGCUGGAAGGUGACGGAACGCUCCCAGGCUGCAAGAUUGAGGGUGGGAGGAAGGAAACUUUGAAGGAGAUGCAGGAAAAUGCGUUUAGACUAAAGAUUAAAAAAAAAAAAGCAAAACACUGAAUCCUCAUGCCUUACCUGUCACAAAUGCUACUAUGCUCGGAUGAGAACUGUUUCCAUUUACCUGCGGAGGAAAUUUGUCAAGAUUCACCACCAAAGUCUUACUCUAGCCUUAUUUCUUCUCUAUGCGGAGAAAAAAUAGAAAAUCAUUCACACUAAAACACACUUCCUACAUCAGGAAAAAUACACAUUCUAAAAAAAGUCUAUCUCUUUCUCAAAAGGAAAAUGGAUUCAAUAAUUCUCAGAAAGAAGCUUUUGGUCUUUAAUUCUGUUUGGCUUUUAAUAUGACCCCCCUUGUCAUUUACCUACUUUCUCCAUAGUCAGCGAAACUUUAAACUAGACCCUCAUUAGUCAUGUAUUUUCAUGCAGUACCUUUAGCUAGCUCUAGGUGGCAAUGUACAUAUGAUAGAUGUAAAGUAGCUUUGUGAUUGAUGUGGUUGCAGCAUGUUUGGGUUUACCAGACCAAGUAAAAUAUAUUUGUCAGAUCUUAAGGGGAGGGGGAGGAUAGAAGUCGGACAUGGACCUGCAUGGGCCACAUGAACAUGGGUGACGUGAUCCACGAUCCAUUUAAAUCCACCCCACAACUCUAAGGUCUUUGAUUAAUACCAUUCUCAUGUCAUACAAUAUUGAUUAUUGCUUUUAAAUGAAAAAAAAUACAACACUUUUGCUUAAAAAUGUCUUAUUUUGUAUUUUCUGAAAAUGUAUGUGUUUUAGUUUUUAAAAUCCCUUGUUGCGAUGUAAAAUGAAUAUCGCAGUUUCCCAUCAUUUGAUCUCACUUCUAUUAUACCAGCAACUCUGAAGUGAUCAGACAGAAAAGUGAAAGAAGAUGAAAGCCAGAUAACUUUCCAGCUUCUCGCAGCAUAACAUCCCAGCAAUCCGAUGCUGAGCUUUUCCUUCAGCUGGGUUCUCAACUUAACGCAGUUAUUUCCUAAAGAUGAUACCGUCUAACAAAACAGCCCAUUGUUACCAUUAAAUUCAGCCGAAUACUCUGCUGGGAGAGGGGGGGGGCGUUGUAUCUUUAUUUACUUUUUCCUUUUUUUUUCUCUGCUGUGUCCUGAUAAGGCUAAGGAUUAUAGUGAAGGGAAGCUUUUGUUUGGUUACACAUCCAAAACUGGGAGUAGGCUGUUUUUGUUUGUCAGACUGAGACAGGUACAAGCAGCGGUGUGAUGUAUUUAUGUUUGUUUGACAACCUUUAUUACUGUUUUUAUGUCACUUUUUUUUACUGUUGUAUCAAAACCCACAGAUGGCAGGUCAAAAAAAAAAAACAGGUGUGGAAGAAUGAUUUGUUUCCUGAAUAAACACGAGUUGCAACUGA